UUCAACAGGCUCUCUCACAUCAAUGUAGUAAUUUUCUGUAAAAUAUCAAAGAACACGUUAAUUCUUCAAAAAUAUAUACAUUAAAAUUUGGCCACGAUCAAUGCCAAAAGAGAAUGCAGUCCUGGUCGUUUCAAUCGCGCUUUAUUCAUUUUGUGUAACAUAAAGUAAAGGAACUAACAUCAAAAUGUCUGCCGUUCGUUCGCAACACAUUGAGUAUUUCUUACAAGGCUCUGUUGAAGACAGCUCCCUUGGUUCGUUACGACAUAGACUGAAAGGAUUAUGCGAACCUUGUACUGCGUCUCACAACAAGUUCGCUGACCAUGAAAUUGUUUACGUGUUAAAGCCAUACCAAGGUGCCACUGCUGUAACUCUUCGAGCAAGAUGCUCUCUUGAUGCUCCAGGAAUGCCUUGGCAGCUACGAUAUGUUGGUGAGGCAGACCAAUUCUCUGAGAAAAGCAAAAAUGUGAUGACGAGAACAUGUGUUGAAGUCAUGACUAGUGAUAAUCUUACUACAUUUCUUGAAGAACUUGGAUUUGGGUUUGAGAGUGAAUAUAUCGCUAAAGGCUACUACUUUAAGAAGGGCGACAUCAGGGUUACCAUAUCCAAAAUUCAUCGGGUAUCCACUCGGGGAGAUACAGAGCAUCCUGAAGCCAUAUCUAGUUCAUAUCUUGUGGAGGCAAGCGUUAUAUCCUCCGUUCAGCAGAAUAGCGUUGGUGACGAACUGAAGGCAUUUACUGAUAAUCUUAAACCUGUCGUUCUGUUGGAGAAAGUGGAUCAUCGUAAAAUCUAUUCAUCUGGAAACAAAUGAUCUCAUUUUAUGUGAAGGUACUGCUUUUCUGUUGAUAUUGCCGUAAGAAGUUGGACAAGUUGGACUGGAUAUGCUUUUGAUGAAGAAUUUUCUGAAAUUGAAAAUCAGAAGGAGAACAGUCUUUACAUUACAUGAAAUCUAAUUUAAGAUAACGUGUGUCAGUGGUUAGUAAAUGAACAAGAACAUUCUUUACACAAAAUAAAAUUUAAACUAAGAUAACGUGUUUCAGUGUGAUGUAAUGAUGAAUGAAUAACAGAACGAGAACGGCUUUACAUUAGCUAUAUGAAAUAUAAACUAAGAUAACGUGUUUCAGUGUGAUGUAAUGAUGAAUGAAUAACAGAACGAGAACGGCUUUACAUUAGCUAUAUGAAAUAUAAACUAAGAUAACGUGUGUCAGUGUAGGUAGUGAUGAAUGAACAACAGAGAACAAGAACAGUCUUAACACUACAUAAAAUAUAAACUAAGAUAAUGUAUUUCAGUGUGGAUCGUGAUGAAGAAAAUUAGAAAAAGGUACGAAAUCUUUAGAGACUGCAGUAACUAAUAAAUGUAUGUACAAGCUUAGUAUUACGACUCGCAAGUUUUAUUUAAGCUAUUUUUCUAUUUCAAAUGUGAGUACUUGUAUUCUUAACAUAGAUAUUUAUGAUAACAGCUUUGUGGAUUAUUUACACCGAAAUAAAUGUCUGAGCGUCGCCCGUAA